AUGGCCUGCGCAGGCCCAGGCUGCCACCCAGGAGUCCCCUGCCCACCGCCACCCAGCCCCAGCUGCCUCGCAGGGGGCUACCGGGGGCCGCCCCACCCGCCGCCCUCGCCGAGGACACGGCCCGGCUGCCCGCCCAUCCCACCGGGAGCGCUCCCGGGCCCCACCCACCGGAACACGCUGCGGGGCCACCAGGCUCCGGACAGUGCGCAGGGUCGGCCGCCGGGACGCGCUAUUUUUGCAGCUUCGCCGCUGGGCAGCGCGGGCGCGGAGCGCAGCUACCGGGACACCUGUGGCUUCGGCGCGCCAGCAGCGCCCGCCCUGAGCUGCUCGGCGUCUGCUGGGCCACAGCGCCGGCGCGCAGCGUCCGAAGAUGGGGGCGCACGGCGGGGCGCGGGUGAGCGCGUCCGUGGCUCUCGGGGCGGCCGGGUCUUCCGGGUGGCCGCGGACAACGACCCGAUGGGCCUCCAGCUCUCGGGCGGUUGCGUCCACUCCCGGAGCCUGGCCGAGACGCUGCCCACUGACCCUUCCCCAGGUCCGCACGCGCUCCCUGGCCUGGCCACAGCGUCCGUGCCCAAUGCUUCUUCCUUUUGCCCUCUGCCCCCGCAGCUGUCCCAGAAGGUAGGGCGCAAGAAGCGGCGGCUGGCGGAGGGGCGCACGGAGCUGCAGGAGAGGCCGCUGGCUGAGGCUCUCCAUAGCCCCGGGCCCCAGCGCAGCAUCUAUUUCAUGAACCCAAAGGACAGUCCUGCCCGACUGGGGACAGAGUUCUUCAACCAGCCAGCCGUCCCCCUGGCACGGGCGUUUCUGGGCCAGGUGCUGGUACGGCGGCUUGCUGAUGGCACCGAGCUCCGUGGCCGCAUCGUGGAGACGGAGGCGUACGUGGGGCCUGAGGAUGAAGCGGCCCACUCGCGCGGUGGCCGGCAGACCCCCCGCAAUCGUGGCAUGUUCAUGAGGCCAGGGACCCUGUAUGUCUACAUCAUCUACGGCAUGUACUGCUGCAUGAAUGUGUCCAGCCGAGGGGACGGCGCCUGUGUCCUGCUGCGCGCACUAGAGCCCCUGGGAGGCCUGGAUGCCAUGCGGCAGCUACGCUGUGCCCUUCGCAAAGGCACCACCGGUCGCACCCUCAAGGACCGUGAGCUCUGCAGUGGCCCCUCCAAGCUGUGCCAGGCGCUAGCCAUCGACAAGAGCUUCGACCAGCGGGACCUAGCUCAGGACGAGGCCCUGUGGCUGGAGCGCAGUACCCCUGGGCCUGGAGUGCCCACUGUGGUGGCAGCAACCCGGGUGGGCAUAGGCCAGGCAGGAGAGUGGGCCCAGAAGCCCCUGCGCUUCUACAUUCAGGGCAGCCCCUGGGUCAGUGUGGUGGACAGAAUGGCUGAGCAAAGGGCCUGCUCACACGAGUGAGGCUUUUUAAUGGGACUUGGAACAAAUAAAGGAUUUAUUUGUAGAAAACU